AUGAUUUUUGUUUUUCUAAUAUUAACUAUAAUUUUGGUGAAAAAUGGAAUAGCAGAGGUCUCUCAAAUCUAAGUUUUGUCCAGACAUUUGAAAUCUUUCAGGUUUCGAAAAAGUGUGAAUACACAGAAUGUCAUAGCAAAACAACAGUUGGUCAUUGUCCUUCUGGUUUAUUUCUUGUUGAUUAUGAAUCUUGUAAAGGAUUCUUUCAAAAACGAGAACUUUGUUGUCCACCGAAAACAGAAAAUGUGAGGUUUUUUUCAAAUUGUACUGAGUUUUUAACUAAAAAGUUCUUAAAAUCGAUGAAAUCUGAAUCUAUUGAAAUAAAAGAAUACUGUAUUAGUACUGAAAAAUUUGAAUAUUUUGCUAUCCAAUUAUUAUUGUUGACCAGAUGUGUUUCUUCAUUUAAAUGUUUUUCCAGAAUACCUCAAAAACAUCCUGCCGUUGGACACCUUGUCAUUCAAAACUUGAUUCCGAUUUCUGUGAUCCCGAAACUGAAUUUGUUCGAAAUUUCAAAUCUUGCGGAUUCCUGAAGAAAAAAGAAGAAUGUUGUCCACAAUCAGCACUUGAUCGCAUUUAA